UAAAAAAUUUCUCCCCCCUGCUCCACUUACCUUUUUAAGAGUUACCAACGUGCAUGAUUUACUUUGCGAAUGCUGUAGAAAUAUCUGUUUAACAAUUAUGGUUGAUCUUGACAAUAUUAAAUUAACCUGCAAUAAACAAAAUCCGCCUAUAGGUGGCAUAUGUAUUGCACUUCAUGUGUUUCAACACCAAGGAAAGACUCCCACAAAUGGUACUUUGAACAUCUCCUGGGGAAAUGAAACAGUACUUGAAGUAUCAAAUAGAAAAAUACUUUGCAGAACUAGUAAUGAUUUAGCAAGAGCCGUAGCAAGGUUUUCAUCUUCUAACCUGCAUGGUACUAACCCAACAGAAGCUACUGAAAUAGACCACUGGUUAAACAUAUCUUCAUGUAUUCUAAAUAAUAAAAGUGAAAUAAAUAAUUCACUUGAUAUUAUAAAUAAAUCUUUGGGUCCUGUCACUUAUUUAGUAGGAAAACGGAUCACUAUUGCUGAUUUUUCAGUAUUUUGGGCUUUAUAUGUGAGUAAACAAUGGAAAGAUUUCUUAUCGAAGGAGUCUUCACUAGUACAUGUGAAAAGAUGGUAUAAUUUCAUAAAAUCAGAGAAAUCAGUUGAAGACACUUUGAACUAUCUACCAUCUGAAGUUAUUGCCGGCCCAUCAGAUAAAAACAGUCGGCAGUUAGAAAAGUCUAAAGCAGGUAAUAGAGCUCAAGAGGGAAAAUUUGUCGAGUUACCUGGUGCAGAAUUAGGCAAGGUUGUUGUUAGAUUCCCUCCAGAAGCUUCAGGUUAUCUUCACAUUGGACAUGCAAAGGCUGCUCUUCUCAACCAGUACUAUCAAGAAGCAUUCCAAGGAAAGCUUAUUAUGCGUUUUGACGAUACAAAUCCUGCUAAGGAGAACGUACAUUUUGAGAAAGUAAUUCUUGAAGAUGUAGCAAUGCUGGAUAUAAAGCCUGACAGAUUCACGCAUACUUCUGAAUACUUUGAUUUGAUGAUUGAGUAUUGUGAAAAACUAUUGAAAGACGGUCGUGCCUAUGUUGAUGAUACAGAAGCAGAACUCAUGAAAACCCAACGAGAACAGAGGAUUGAAUCUUCAAACAGAGCAAAUAGUUAUCAACAAAAUUUUGCCCUUUGGGAGGAAAUGAAGAAAGGCACAGAAAAAGGCCAGAAAUGUUGUGUGAGGGCCAAGAUUGAUAUGCAGUCUCCAAAUGGUUGUUUGAGAGAUCCAACAAUAUACAGGUGCAAAAACGAACCUCAUCCGAGAACAGGAGACAAAUACAAAGUGUAUCCUACCUACGAUUUUGCAUGCCCUAUAGUAGAUUCGAUAGAAGGAGUUACUCAUACUCUUCGAACUAUGGAAUACCAUGAUAGAGAUCCUCAAUUUUACUGGUUCAUCGAUGCUUUGGGUCUGAGAAAACCCUACAUUUGGGAAUAUAGUAGACUGUGUAUGACUAACACAGUACUUAGUAAAAGGAAACUUACUUGGUUCGUUAAUGAAGGCCUAGUAGAUGGUUGGGAUGAUCCUAGAAUGCCUACUGUACGGGGAGUUUUGCGAAGAGGUAUGACAGUGAAGGGGUUGAAAGAAUUCAUUAUAGCCCAAGGAUCAAGUCGAUCUGUAGUUGUUAUGGAAUGGGACAAGAUUUGGGCUUUCAAUAAAAAAGUAAUUGACCCUAUUGCGCCACGUUAUACGGCUCUUGAGUCUACAGGAACUGUACCCGUUUUCAUUGAGGAUAUCAAGGAGGAGUGCUUGAGAGUUCCUAAACAUCCAAAGAACCCAGAGGUUGGCGAAAAAAAUGUGUGGUUGGCUCCUAAAAUACUCAUUGAUGGUGUGGAUGCUGAAUGUCUUAAAGAAGGUGAAAACACAACUUUCGUUAACUGGGGAAAUAUAUUGAUAAAAAAAAUCAAUAGACAAAACGGCAAGGUUACAAGUGUUGAAGCUGUUUCAAAUACACAAAAUAAAGACUAUAAGAAAACUUUAAAACUAACAUGGUUAGCUGAGUUGGAAAAGGCCCGUUUCACACCUACCUGGUGCGUCUAUUUUGAUCACUUGUUGAGUAAACCAGUGCUGGGGAAAGAUGAGGACUUCAAACAAUAUAUUGGUCAUGAAACCAGGAAAGAAGUUGAAAUGAUUGGGGAUCCCGAAUUGAAAGACCUGAAGGCUGGUGACAUAAUUCAACUUCAGCGCCGUGGUUUUUUCAGAGUAGAUGUACCCUACAAACCUGCAACCCCAAAUACCUGCAAAGAGCAACCAAUUAUAUUAUUCGCUAUUCCUGAUGGACAUGCCAACGAAAAUCCUUUGGGUAAUGCGGAAGUUACGAAAACUACAGAUAAGCAGAGCAAAGACACUUCGAAAUCCAAUAAAGAGACUAGUAAAGAAGUUUCAUCUUCCAAAUCUCUUCUUCAAGUUAAUAGUGAAAUAAUCCAGCAGGGAGAUAUUGUUCGCAAGCUAAAGGAACAGAAAGCUUCCAAAAUCGAAAUUGAAAAUGCUGUGAAGAUAUUAUUAUCAUUGAAGGCAGACUACAAAAACCUUUCUAACGAAGAUUGGAAACCGGGUUGUAUACCACAGGAUUCUGGAGAUUCCAAUGAUUUGAGUUCAAGAAUUGCAAUUCAAGGAGAUAAGAGUAGAUCUCAGGGUGACAAAGUUCGGAAUUUGAAGAGUAAAAAGGCUGACAAAGUAGAUGUCGACGUUGAAGUGAAAGCUCUUUUGGCCUUGAAGGCUGAUUACAAGGCUCUUACUGGAAAGGAUUGGAAACCUGGCACAGUUCCCAAACCUGCAGUUGUGUUGAAUACAUCUGAACCUCUCUCAAAUGUAUCUAGCUCAGUCGAUGAAAAUACACUUCUAGAGAACAUCGCCGCACAAGGUGAUAAAGUCCGGCAGUUGAAAGCAGAUAAAGCAGAUAAGGCAAAGGUAGAAGAAGAAGUGAAAAAGUUGCUUCAGUUGAAAGUGGAAUUCAAAUCAGUGACUGGAAAAGAAUGGAAAACUAAUAUGAAGCCCGAAACUAAAUCAGAGUCAUUGCCUGUUGAAAACGAAGUUGCUAAACUAAACCUAACAAAGAAAAUUGGAGAACAAGGAGACAUCGUCAGAGACUUGAAGUCGAAGAAAGCUAACAAAGAAGAAGUUGACGUAGCUGUAAAAAUGUUGUUAGGUCUUAAGGAAGAAUAUAAAAAUUUAACCGGAACUGAUUUUCCUGUAUCUGGUAGAACACCAGCAAAACCUAAGGAAAACAAGCCACUUUCAGCACAAAAAGAAAAAGCGGUGAAACAAAAAGCUGCUACCAAAGAAAAGAAAUCGGUUGAUAUCGGUGUUGAAGAAAGUUCCAUCAAAAAACAAACCCGACUCGGUUUGGAAGCAAAGAAAGAAGAAAUCCUGUCGGACUGGUAUUCCCAGGUUAUUACUAAGGGAGAAAUGAUUGAAUAUUACGACGUGUCUGGUUGUUACAUCCUCAGGCCAUGGUCUUUUGCCAUUUGGGAAGUUCUCCGAGAUUGGUUUGAUGAAGAGAUAAAAAAGCUUGGGGUUCAAAACUGUUACUUUCCAAUUUUUGUGUCUAAAACUGUAUUAGAGAAGGAAAAAACUCACAUUGCGGAUUUCGCUCCAGAGGUAGCAUGGGUAACAAAAUCAGGAGAUUCAGAUAUGGCAGAACCAGUUGCGAUCAGACCAACAUCUGAAACAGUUAUGUAUCCUGCAUACGCUAAAUGGAUUCAGUCCUACCGAGAUCUUCCUAUCAAACUGAAUCAGUGGAACAAUGUUGUGAGAUGGGAGUUCAAGCACCCGCAACCGUUUUUAAGAACAAGAGAAUUCCUAUGGCAAGAAGGUCAUACUGCUUAUGCUCUCAAGGAAGAAGCAGAUGUUGAAGUUACUACUAUACUAGAUUUGUAUGCACGAAUAUAUACCGACCUGUUGGCAAUACCGGUGGUGAAAGGCCGCAAAACAGAAAAAGAAAAGUUUGCCGGUGGCGACUACACAUUAACAGUUGAAGCUUUCGUCUCUGCCAGCGGUAGGGCUAUCCAAGGAGCCACCUCUCAUCAUCUAGGUCAAAACUUUGCGAAAAUGUUUGAUAUUGUCUAUGAAGAUCCUGAAACUCAAGAAAAGCAAUAUGUCUUCCAAAAUUCCUGGGGAUUUACAACAAGAACAAUUGGUGUGAUGAUAAUGAUCCAUGGUGACAAUCAAGGUCUAGUUUUACCACCAAGAGUGGCCUGUUUACAAAUCGUUAUUGUUCCAUGUGGUAUUACGGCUGGGUUGUCUGAAGAUGCUCGCAACAAAUUACAAGAAUCUUGUGAUGACUUGGAGAAAGAUUUGAAAACUGCGGGAAUUAGGGUAAAAGGAGAUUAUAGAUCGAACUACUCUCCUGGCUGGAAGUUCAAUCAUUGGGAACUCAAGGGAGUUCCCAUUCGUGUGGAAAUUGGACCUAAGGAUAUAGAAAAUAAACAGUUGAUUGCAGUGAGGAGGGACAAUGGGGAGAAAAUAACGAUAUCCCGAGAUAAUGCUGCUCAAAAAUUACUAGAUUUACUUCAAGAAAUACAGAGUAGUUUAUACAAGAAAGCAUGUAAGGAUCUGGAAACACAUAAAGUUAUUGUAACAAACUGGUCCGAGUUUUCGCCAAAUUUAGAAAAGAAGAAUAUUAUCCUGGCACCAUUUUGCGGUGAUAUCUCCUGCGAAGAUAAAAUUAAAGCAGACAGUACACGGUAAAUUUAAUUUGUUUUAUAUGCU